AUGGGGUACUUUGCUACAUGGAUUAAUGAUUCAAGUAUUACAUGUGGGCCUUGGGGAGGUUCUGGGGGAGCUCCUUUUAUUUUUAAAGUGGAAAAAUGGAUAAAAGAGAUAAUCGUGCAUGAAGAAGGCUGUAUCAAUUCCAUCGCUUUUAAAGAUACAAGUGGUGAAAUGUAUGGAAAGUUUGGUGGUGAGGAUCCACAUGACUCUGGUAUGGAAAGAAUAAUUGAGAUCAAUGGGCCUUCCGAGUAUCUGACAUCCAUAGCUGGGACUUUCAGAUGUUAUAAGGACAAUAAGGUGAUUACAUCACGAUCUUUCAUAACAAACUUGCACACUCACGGACCUUUUGGAACUGUUAGCAGCACUUCUUUCUCAUCCAUGCCAACAGAAGGAGGUGUCGUGAUUGGAUUCCAUGAAAGAGGUGGCUAUUUUGUUGAUGCAAUUGGAACCCAUGUGAAACUUUUACGUUAAUCUAAUUUCUAAUAAACAGAGAGUGGUUGUUGUGCUUGAAUAAUUCUCCGUGCAUUUUCUGCUAUAAUGUGUGGAUGUGCAAGUGUGCUAAGUUGUCCUCUUGUGUUGUUUGAUUACGAGGGCUUUUGUAGCUCUCUUGCUUUGUU